AUGAGCAGCUGCAAGCGUUCGAGCUCGUUUGAACGUCCUCUUCGCAUCCUUUGUACCUAUCUAUCGCUCGCGCAGCUGCUUCUACGUCUGCAUGACCGAGCCAUGAUGUCGUUCACCACCUUGCUAGCCAUCUGCCUAUCCUUGUCCCUAUGCGCUUCAUGCUACCCCUCUGAGCCAGCAACCCAGCAGCACGCGCCGCCGUCGACUCCACCCGUACCGUUUCCAACCGUCUAUUCACCUGUGGUGCUCGCACAACUCUGCGAAGAGCCCACCAGCUACUGCAUCUACGUCGAUCAGAUUCGUCCUGGAGCUGUUCGAGCUUCGCCUGUCAACGCCACGGAUGACCGUAAGCAAAACACCCUCUCAGUGUCAGCCUUUCCACAUCGACUUGUACUGACAAUCAUUUCUCUCCACUGCCUCGAUAUCGCUUUUGCAGAGGGAGCUUUCCUCUUCGAACGAGCAUCAUACAUGUCCCACCCGUUCCACGUCUGCUACGGCGGAUGCUGCAUUGAUCUCGACUUUGCCUCCAAGCCAGGUUGCGUCUCGAUGCGCUACUUCAACCGAAAGAGCAACGAGGCAGGUCAUUUGCUGGCUAGAUUUGCUGACAACGUCGAGCAGAUUUUGGGUCCGAGAGAGUAUAUGCAGAAGGAGUUGAUUGCUUGUCCGACAAAGGAUGAACCAGCUCUUCCGUAUGCUGUCAUCGGUGCGAGAGGUGGUCAAGGGAGACCAGAGCAGGAACAACAGGUGUCACACCUUCAGACGCAUCCGACUCAGGGAAAGGCCCAUGUACAACCACAUUCGGCUGGAGCAAAUGCUGCGCAGAACGGUGAUGGUGGGAAGAGCAAAGUCGAUCAUGAUUACUUUGACGACGUCACGGUACCCCUUGCCGACCUUGUCUAG